AUGGCGCUGCGCCCCCUCGCGGCGGUGAUGCCCGUGGGAAUGCGGAGCGCCGUCGCUGCAGGCGGCGGCUGCGGCCCCUUUGGCCGGGGCAGUGCCGCCCUCCUCACCGCCGCGCGCGGCAUCAUCGUGCCGCAGCAGCUCAAGGCGUAUGGUGGCACGUUUAGUCGCUCCAUCGGAGAGCGCGCCGACCACCUCGUCGGCAACGUGCUGCUGCAGAGCCUUUCCCCGUCCCGCACCGCCAACUCCCCGCUGCUCGCGGCGAAUGUGAAGACAAAGACGGUGGCAAGCUUCGAGGACAUGCUCCUCGCCCCGGAGCUGCGCGCGGCGCUGGCGCAGAGCCUGCACGUCACCACACCGUCCCCCAUCCAGCAGACGGCAAUUGAGGUGAUUUUGCAGCGGAAAGACACCGUGGUGGCGGCGCCGCACGGCGAGGGCAAGACGCUUGCCUACCUUCUUCCCCUGUAUCAGAAUAUGAUGAAGGACAGGGACGUGUACAAGAUCCCGCUGCGCGAGCGCCGCCCUCGCAUGAUUCUGCUCGCCCCGACUAGGGAGCUCAUUGCGCAGCUGCAGCACGUCUGCGCCACACUAGACGCUGCCACCGGUCUGCGCUCCGUCUCCUUCAGCUCCCGUAAGCGAGCCAAGCACCACUUGAGCCGGAUGCUGAAGAACACGCUGGCGGACGUCGUCAUCCUGGACCCAAAGGUGGUUCUGCGUUUGAUUCGCGCGCGUCGAUUGUUUCUCGACGACAUCCGCUACGUUGCCGUGGAUGAGGCGGAUGUGAUGCUCUCCUCCCAGCACGACCACGACGCGGUACACCUCCUCAUGAAGGUGCAAAAGCGGAUGAUGUUUAAAUACCUGUGGCCGGUGCAGACCCAAACGGUCUUCGCCACCGCCUACGUCACACGGAAGCUCGAAUUUGUGGUCGGCAAAAAGUUUCCACAGGCUGUGACGUGCCUGCAGCGGCAGCGCAUGCAUCGCCCACCGGACACGCUCUCCCACCGCUUCUUUGCGGUUCAGCGCGCGCAGGAGAAAAUGGACGUCCUGCAGCACGUGCUGAAGAAGCACGGCAACCAGCCACGCACCAUCGCCACCGACGUGGAUGAGUUGCGGACACACACGCAGCCGCACUACUUGACAGGGACACUCGACGAGUUUGUGGAGCGGCUGCGACAUGCAUCACCACAGGAGCCGCCAGGGCAGCAGGCACGCCACUGUGGUGCGGCGCCGGCGAUGGGGAAGGACGUUGCGCGAGAAGAGGGCGAAUCCCAUCCCCGUCUGGACGGGCGCAAUGGCAUGGUAACGCCGCUUCGUUUUGCCUCCGCCUCCGCCGCGUCUCUGGACGUGAGCCACGACGAAAAAGAAGAGGCGCGUCGUGCCUUGGAGCGCGUGCGCCCGCUGCGCUGGGAGCAUCUCACGACCGUCGCCGCCCCGUUUACGUGCCACAUCCCCCGCACAGUCUUUGGCGAAGGGCAGCGUGUCAUUGUCUUCACGCGUGGCGUUGACGCCGCCACGGCGGUGUACCACCAGCUGCGGGGGCACGGCUUCGCCUGCUCCCUGCUGCACGCCGCUUUGCCGUGGGAUGUUCGUCGCCGGAUGUUCGCCGAUUUUGCCUCCGGCCGCACGAAUAUUCUUUGCGCCACCGACCUCGCCGCGCGUGGGCUGGACGUCCACGUGGACGUGGUGGUGAACUUUGACAUGCCCACCAACGCGCCGGUGUACCUCUCGCGCGCCGGCCGCACGGCACGGCAGGGCCGCCUCGGCCGGGUCUACAGCCUGUACACCAAGCACCAAGGCGUCAUCGUCGCCGCGGUGCGGGCCUUCCUGCGGAAAAACCUGCCGCUGGAGGGGCUGAGCAACUGGAAGUCGCACAUGAUGACCCCGCGCUACGCGGAGUGGCGCACCCACAAGAUGAACGCCAUCGCCCGCUCGUACGUCGCGCUCAUCACCCAAAAAACAAUUCCCGCCCACUUGGAGCGGACGUACCUGCACCACAACGCCACCUGGCGCCCGCUGUUUCACCCGCAGACGUCUGGCAUUCACGGCGGUGUGCCGCCGCGACAGCAGCAGCGCGUGAUGGACGCCGUCACGGAGCAGGCGGUGUGGUUCCGCCGCGCACAGCUUGCGCGACGAAAGGGCGGUCGCGCCAAGUUUGGCAGACGCGACGCCGCGCGCGGCGUGUGGAACAGCAUUGGCGGCAUCGCAAGCAACUCGGUGGCGAACGCGGAGCAGAGCGCGAACCCCGGCGGCCCUUAUUUUGGCCCUCCGCAGGGGCCGCCCAAAUAA